UAGAUAUACACGGUAAAUAAAAAUACCAAAGGAGAGAAAGCGCGUGACUUGUGAGAGUUAAAGUGAGUGGUGAAUCCAAAAGGAUUUUUUCGUUUCUUUCGAUUCAUAGAAACUUCAGCUGAAACACACACACACCAGCUAGUGUUAGUGCGUUCCACCCCCCCCCCCCCCCCGGGACACCUACAGAAUAACUGCUUAGACUUCUCAUAUGAAGCUGGUGCAGUCCCUGAAUUAACUGGUUGAUUGUGAAGAGAAGAGAAUUUUUCAUUCUGUUGAAGUCAGACUUCUGUUUAAGACUUUUGCAUCCCAUGUUUUCAAUACUUACCUCUCAGUCAGUGGACUUAGAUGGCCAGUUCCUUGAUAGGGCUACACCGGAAAAGCCAAACUAACCAGUUCCAAUUAUUAAUGGAGCAAGCAAAUAACCGUAGCAAUGACGAGCAUGUUAUUGACAUAACGAGUAGCAGUGAUGCAUCCUCAUCAAGCAACCCCCAUGAUAGACCAGUCAAUAACUUGCUGCAUGUACAAGCUGAAGAUCAGCCAUCAACAAGCACAGCAGUGCCUGUCUCACAACAUGCAUUUUCUUCUGCUAAUAGAUCAAACUUGAGGAACUCAUCGUUUGUUCGAAGAGGAAAUGGGCGUAGCCGCCAUCGGAGUCCUCUGAAUUCCUUGCUAUGGAUAUCCAUUGAAUUAGUCUUGACAGUGAGCCAAAUAAUUGCAGCAAUUGUAGUGUUGGCCAUGUCAAGGGAUGAGCACCCACGUGCUCCACUAUCCCAAUGGAUCGUCGGUUAUGCAUCUGGGUGUGUAGCAAUUCUUCCUCUUCUCUAUUGGCGUUUUCGUCACAGAAACCAGAAUUCAGAUCAGGAUUCAUCUCAGCAGCCACAGGGUGCUUCGCAGACUGAACUCUCAUCCAGACCUUCCUCGAGUACAAGGAGUUCAGAAGUUGAAGGCCGUCAGACAACUGGUACACCUUCUAUAGGUGGUCAAAGUAGUGGACUACGGAGCAGAAGGUUAAAGGCACUCGUUGACUACUUUAAAAUGGCACUAGAUUGCUUUUUUGCAGUGUGGUUUGUGGUUGGCAAUGUCUGGAUAUUUGGCGGUCACUCUUCUUCCUCUGAGGCUCCUAACUUGUACAGGUGAUGUUUCAUUAGUGUUCUC